UUGAAAGUCAAAUUGGCCAAAGUAGAUGCCAAUGAUGUAGAAAUGAAACGUUACUUGACGUCUUUAGUAAUGGGCGAGAAGACUUACAAGAUGCGGUCACUUAAAGGAGAUGAAUCUCAGUUUGAGUUAUUUGAUAAUGAUGUGCUAUUAAAUGAUCACAUGUGCAACCAUCUUCAGGCAAGGAGAAUAGAAAAUUCAAAUGAGAGCAGUUUGGGUACAGCAAAAGAGGCAUUGCCAACAAAGGAUGGAAAAUCAAAGGUACCUGGUGAGUGUGAAGCACCAAGAAAGGGAAUUCCUAUGUAUGAGAAUUGCAAGAUGUCACUCUCAACAAAGGGAAGGCUGUUGAAAUUGUGGUUAUUCAUGCAAGUAGACCACAUGCAAUAUACAUAGUUGCAAAAACAGCAGUUGGGCUGUAUGAGGAUUUGGAGAAAAUGUCUGGGUUAAUGACACAGUAUUGUGAGUCUUAUGUCGGUUCCUGUUAUGAACCUCGGCAAGGGGAAAUGUGUUUGGCAAAGUUUAGUGAAGAUGGCUUGUGGUACAGAGCAGCGUGUAUAGAACCAUGCCUUACUUCGUGUUUGUUGGUGUUUGUGGACUAUGGAAACAUAGAGGAUGUCAGAAUGGAAGACAUACGACAGAUCACUGAUACGUUCUUAGAACUUCCUUGUAUUGCUCACCAUGCUGUUCUUAAAGGUGUUUCUGAAGAAGGUGUUAAAGAAGCUGCUAAAGAAUGUAUUGACAAGUUGUUGCCACAAAACACUCCAGUCACAGCUGAUGUGGAAAUGACAAGCGAUGGGGUGUAUAAGAUUGACAUUCCUUUUGUUACUGAAACACUAAUUGCUGAAGGCCUAGUCAAGGCUGAAUAAGUAUUAAAAUUUUUAUAUUUUACUUGUUCAUUUUCUAUUAAAAAUAAUUAUUUAAGUUUUGUCAAUUUUUUUUAGAAAAAACAUUUAAGUUUGCAAACUUUGAGUACCUACAGAUAAUAGUAUUUUACAUGAUAUUUGGCAUUUGCAUUGUCAGGAUUUAUAUAUGUUGUUUAAUGCAAAUCUGUACUUACACAUGCUGUAUAAUGUAAUACAUAAACAUUGUGUUAUUAGGAAAAAUCUUGAAUACAAAAGGUUUGGGAAUGAUGCUGAAAGAAUUAGGUUUUGGGCUUCAUUCAAGUUACAAGAGAGAACUGUCUCUUCUUGAGAGUGGGAAAUUUGCUCAUUCUGUAGCUGUUUCUUUAUAAAAACAAGUAACAGUAUUUAAAAGCUGCAGUAGGAAAAGUAUUUUUUGGGAUUUAUGGGCAUCCCACUUACAAUAUGUCAUAAAAAACUUUUGUGAGUUACAGUAAUCCAUGAGUUGAUGUUGUCCGUUGGCUUAAGGGGUUAGCUGUGGGCCUUGAAUGCAAAUUACUUAGGUGUUUAGCAAAGAGUAUGAAACAAUAGUUAACUUUUGCAAAUUAGUUAUGCAGCAUACAUGUAAAGGAGAUUUACAUUCUAGGCAUGCUGCUGCAUUCCUAGAUGUGAAACCUGAAGGGUUGAUAAUUUUCAGAAAUAUUUUAUGGUUUGGUCAGUAUUGGUUAUGAAACUUCUUUAUUCCUCCUGUCUACAGCAUUGGAUUUGGUGUCAUAAGUCGUAUUCAUUUUCAUUGUAGACACCAGAUGUAACAUUAAUUUUCUUUAAAAUAACAUUUUAAAAUAUUUCAUUGAGAACCAAGAUUACAUAAUUUCUUUUCAAAUAGUUCAUGGUUACAGGUAAAUAUUUAAUAAUAAGUUCAAGAGCUAGGAAUUUAAUUUGAAUUGUAUAUGACUUUGUGUGUGUGUGUGUGUGUGUGUG